AUGCCAAAUGUUCCUGGGAACUACAUUUCAGCGUUGAACAGUCAAAUGAUAAUGAAAGAACUUUCCUAUGAUCGGGCUAGCUUAAAAAAGGAACUUGCAUCUUUCUUAAAAUCUUUAACUGAUGAACAGCAAAAAGUGUAUCAAACCGUCAUGAAUGCAGUUGCUAAAGGAAGUGGAGAUGCGUUACGUUCCAAAGGUGAAAUUGUUUUGAAUGUUGCAUCCAGUGGUAUUGCAUCACUUCUAUUAGCUGGCGGUAGAACGGCUCAUUCCAGAUUUGUAAUUCUGAUAAACGUUAAUGAGGAUUCUAUAUGUUCUAUAGAACCGCACAGUGAGCUAGGAAGCUUAAUGAAAGAAACUAAGAUGAUAAUCUGGGAUCAAGCGCCAAUGACACAUAAGCAUUGUUUUGAAGCUUUGGAUAGAACAAUGAGAGAUAUAGUCUGUUCCAGUAAUUCGUCCUUGCAGUCCAACCCUUUUGGCGGAAAGAUAGUCCUUUUUGGUGGUGAUUUUAGACAAAUCCUUCCGGUCAUUCCAAAAGGUACUAGAAGCAUGAUUGUAAAUUCUUCAUUGAAUUUUUCUUAUAUAUGGCAGGAUUCUCAGUUACUCAAACUAACUGAAAACAUGAGGUUAAAAGUUGGUACAAAAGCAUGUAAUCUUCAGGAGACCAAGGAAUUUGCUGAAUGGAUUUUACGCCUUGGUGAUGGUCUACUUGGUGAUCCAAAUGAUGGAGAGGUGGAGAUUGAAAUUCCAGAUGAUCUACUUAUACUAGAUGAAGUCAAUCCUAUAUCUUCAUUGAUCUCAUUCACAUAUCCGGAUAUGCAAAACUUUAUGUGGGAUUCAAAUUACUUUCAACAAAGAGCCAUUCUUACUCCCACAAAUGAUGUUGUUGAUUCAAUAAACACAGAACUGUUAAAUAGUAUCGUUGGUGAAGAGAAGAUAUAUCUAAGUUCAGAUUCUUUAUGUGAUACUGAGCAACAAACCGACCUUGACAUGGCAUUGUUUCCUCCAGAUGUGCUAAACAAAAUGCAUUUGUCAGGAUUGCCUAACCAUAAAUUGGUUCUUAAGGUUGGAGCUCCGGUAAUGUUACUUAGAAACAUUGAUCAAACAAAUGGUUUGUGUAACGGUACACGGCUUCAAGUAACAAAACUUGGAAAACUUGUAAUUGAAGCAAAGAUUAUUACCGGAACUAAUAUAGGUCAUCAUACUUUGAUUUCAAGAUUGAAAAUGACACCAAGCGAUAAAAGAUUACUGGUGAAAAUUGCACGAAGACAGUUCCCACUAUCCCUAUGCUUUGCAAUGACCAUCAACAAAAGCCAGGGACAAUCACUUGAACGUGUAGGACUAUAUCUUCCACGUCCGGUUUUUAGUCAUGGACAACUAUACGUAGCUGUAUCUCGAGUAAAGAGCAGGAGUGGUUUGAAGAUUUUGAUAUGUGACAGAGAAAAAUAA